AUGUGCAAGAAGAGAAAGGACACCGUCGUCGAGCAUCCCACACCCAAGCCACGGACCCCCAAGUUCUCCUCCGCUUCCGGCAGCCCCAUGGCAGCCUCUGUGGCGGGCUCCAGCACGGAGUCCGCCACCAACCGCGGCCGGGAGGCGGCCAGGUCGUACUCCGUGAAGCCUUCUUCCUCCAGUUCCUCUGAUCGCUUAUCUGUGGCGAGCAUCAGGGAGGCCCUCCCUGAAACACCCAACCUCUACGAGUUCUCCGAGAUCUUCUCCGCCACGAAGAGCCCCCUCGCGUGGCGCCUCCCUUCGUCGUCCUCAAAUUCCUGGCACUGCACAGUCCGGGGCAAGGACGUGGUCGUCUUUCAGCGCCGGUUCCUCGGCGAGCCAGCCGCGCUCCGCCGCCGCGUCGGCGCCGCCUCCAACGUCCACCACAAGAACAUCGUCCGCCUUCUCGGUGCCGCCCUCGGCGGUGACGAUGUCUUCCUCGUCUACGAGUAUGUGAACGGCGCGAGCCUCCGCGAGUGCCUGAGAAACCCUAGGAAUCCGGGAUACACGCCGCUCGCCUCGUGGAUCGACAGAAUGCAGGUCGCGGCGGAUGUCGCGCAGGGCCUCCAGUACAUCCACCACUUCACCGCCGGCAUCACGGCGUCGCCGCUUUCAAGGUCUGAUAACCGCCGCCACAGCAGCAUCCGUCGCCGUCCCAUCCACGAUCGGAUCAAGGCCUCAAGCAUCGUGAUCACUGAGAUCGACCGCCGCGCGAAGAUCUGCCACUUCGGCGCCGUGGAGCUCGCCCGAGGAACCUCCUGCUCUGAUUCCGACGGCGACGGGACGGAGAUGGAGGUCUCCGAAGAUCUCCCCGCCGCGCCGUCGAAAGUACGGAGAUCCGGCAGCGCGAAGGUGAAGUUAGAGGGGACGAGGGGGUACAUCGCGCCGGAGGUCCGCCUGGGAGGAUCUGCGUCGCAGAAAUCCGACGUCUUCGCCUUCGGCGUGGUGCUCCUGGAGCUGAUCACAGGGGAUGAGCCAGUGAAGUAUACCUAUGACGGAGAGAAGAAGGGCUACGAGAUGGUUUCCCUGAUCGAGUCUGCCAGGAGGUUAAUGGGGAUCGAGGAGCAGGGAAGGGAAGUCGAAGGGGAGAUGGCAUCUUGUGGGGAGGACCAGUCGGCGGUGGAUGAGAGACGGCGGAGGAUACGUUCCUGGGUGGAUCGGCGGCUCAAGGACUCGUUCCCGGUGGAGGUGGCGGAGAGGGCGGCGCGGGUGGCGCUGGACUGCGUGCAGCCGGUGGCGGAGAAGCGGCCGGACAUGGUGCGUGUGGCCGCGAAGCUUUCGGCGCUUCUGAUGCAGUCGAAGAGCUGGGCAGAGCAGCUAAGGUUUCCUGAAGAACAGACUGUUUCUCUGGCACCGCGAUGA